GAAGGUCCUCACUGACGCCACUACUUCACUGAUGGCAGUAAAAGUCAAAUUGACCGGAGCUUUUUGCCGACUGGGGAGGCAAACCUGUCUUUUAGGGUGGCUCCGCCCCUGCAAGUUUCAAUAUAGACUAUUUUUUCCCCCGUUGGUUGCGAAUGUCAAAUAUGCGCCCUGGGCGCACUGUCGGUGGGUUGGAAAAGAAAGACUGGUCUAAACAAGCGCAUUGUAUGGGUUUUUCUACUCCACUCUGCCGCCAACCUUCUUCCGCCUUCUCCUCCUCCUCCACCACCUCCUCUUCUGUGCAGGUUGAAAGUGUUUGGCUCGGUUUCCUGUCACAUGGCUUAGAAAUCGGAUCCCUCGGCGCUGCUAUCUCGUCUAGUUUUCUCACGGACUUGGAAAAAAAAAAAAGUGCGAAGGCGAGCGGAGCUUACUUGUAGUCGAACCCUUCCUUCACUUCGGCUCACCUGGUAGCAUGGAGCCGUGCACCGCCACCUCCACGCUUCUUCUUUCCGGCUUCUUCUUCCUGUCCUCCACCGCCCUCAAGCACUUCGACACCGAGUGUUACACAGCCAACGGGGAAGACUACAGGGGUUUCCAAACACAGACCAGUUUUCACGGGGGCAAGCCUUGCCUCUACUGGAACGAGACCUUCCAGCACCCCUACAACACGCGCAAGUACCCGAACGGCGAGGGCGGCCUGGGCAGCCACAACUAUUGCAGGAACCCCGAUGGGGACGUACAGCCGUGGUGUUACAUCGCAGACCACGAAGACGGAAUAUACUGGCGGUACUGCGACAUCCCCACGUGUCAAAUGCCGGGGAACAUCGGCUGCUUCCGGGACAGCGGGGACCCCCCGACCCUAUCCGGACCCACCGAGACCUCCAACAAACUGACCAUCCAUACCUGCAUCAACUUUUGCAGGAAACAGAGAUACAAGUUGGCCGGCAUGGAGUCGGGGUACGCUUGUUUCUGCGGCAACGAAGUGGACCGCGACAACUACAGCGAGGCCUCCGGCACAGAGUGUAACCACGUUUGCUUCGGCGACCACAGACAGCCGUGCGGCGGAGAUGGCUGGAUCAUCAUAUUUGACACACAGGUGGGUUCCUGCGGCGGGAAUUACUCCGCCCCGUCCGGAGUCAUCUACUCCCCGGACUUUCCGGACAAAUACGGAGCUAGUCGGGUUUGCUACUGGACGGUUCAGGUGCCCGGAUCCUCGGCCAUCCUCUUCAACUUCACCUUCUUCGACAUCACGGAUCAGACGGACAUGGUGGAGCUGCUGGACGGCUACACCAACCAGGUGGUGGCGCGCUUCGACUGGCGUAGCCCGCCCCGCCGACCGGUCAACGUCACCGGAGACUUUGUCAUACUCUACUUCUACUCGGACCAUACCGAUCAGGCGCAGGGGUUUGCGCUGCUCUACCAAGCUCAGAGAGGUCUCCGGGAUGACCAAGCCGCCGCGGUCGAGGAGUUCUCCGGCACGACGGAACCUCAGCUGGCCACCGACGGUGCCAAAGGAUGCUCGUCCUCGCAGAUCCUCUACGUGAUCACGUCCAGCCCGAGCAAACCGGACCACAACAUGCCAGCGUGGACCAUCUACACCCUUGCCGGUCUCCUCAUCCUCACCGUGGUGGGCAUGCUGACCAAGCUGUGGCUGCACGUCACAGUCAAGUCUCUCCGAAUCCCCGCAGUGUGCAGUACAGACAGCUGCAGCCAGAGCGCCUCCACGUCGACGGAGCCCUGGAUCAUCCUGUACCGCCCCUCCACCGGCUCCCUCUUCAAGAAGAAGCUGAAGAACCAUCACCACCACGGAGACCUCAGCCCCUUGGUGGCUAACUAGCACUACUUGAUUUCAACUUCUCAGUGAAUGAGGCGUGAAGAAAAGUAGCAGCCUGUGCAAGUAUCCCGGCGGGCCCCCCCCCCCUCUGCCCGGGCGGGAUGCCGAUUUCCUGUCGGCGUGGCUUCCCCGCCAAGGCGAUGCUGCUAGGUUGUUGGGGGCCACGUGUUGCUCACUAAUCAAUGCAGACGCAUCAAGAGCGGGACGGUGGAGGUAAACAAACUGUUCGGGGCGCCUGCGUAUCAGACUAUUCGCGCAAUAUGAUUGGCUGAGGAAUCGUCCCGCGCUCGUGUGCGUGGCGAACGGAUCCGGCCACCCGGAGGCGCUCCCGGCCUAAACGGCGCCCCGAGCGAACGGAACCAACGGGCAUGGGGCCGGGUACGCGCUGAACCGGCCGAUCGCAGGGCACGAGAUCAAAAAAUGUGAAAGGAAAAUACCAUGUCAUUAAAACGUACUUAUUUUUCUUUCACUUGCACGUAGGGAAACGCAAGGCCGAUCGGUCGAUCGGUCCUCUCACAUUUUGUGGAUUUCGUAUAUUAUCUAAAGCUAGUGAAAUACUUUCCAAAAAAGAAAGCUUUUAUUCCUAAAUAAUAAUAAUAAUAAUAAUGCAUUUUAUUUGUAACGCACUUUACAUUUGAAAAACAAAUCUCAAAGUGCACAUUGGCAAAAAAAGAAAAUAAUAAAUAAAAUGCGAAUGAAUAACUAACGAUCUCUAUAGCACUUGUUGCAUUUCAUUCAUGUAGUAACACAAGCACAUUCACAUUAUUUUCAUAAGAAAUAGCCAUAGUAUUCUCAAAACUGUUCACUUCAAGAUCACUCAAUAUCGCCAUAGAGCAAUUGAACUACCGUGAAGUUUCAACCCAUCGGUUGCAAAGCGUCAUUUCUUCUCUGACUUUCCUUGGGAGAGACAGAAAAGCCCUACUGCCACCUGCUGUCAACACUGUUGUCGUUCAACACGCCUCCCAACAUGCAUUGCGGUGCUACAGAUUGGUAUUACAGAGUACAUAUUCUGUACUAAUGACUUCUUCAGUUUCUGUUCCGGUUGUUCAAUGCAAGUUAUGCUACGUCGUUUGUUAAUAUGUGAUCAUUUUCAUUUUGUUGUGAAACCGUGACUUGCUAUUUCUUUUGAAUGCUUGUGAAGCAGAUGGAAGCUUCUUCUUCCGCUUGUAAGUUGUUGCCGGGAAUUGUUCCCCUCCCUCCCUCUCGUGAGCAACAUAUAGUGACUGGUGCAAAAGUGGUACCUGUGGUAAAUUACAUUGCUCAAAUCAUGUGGCAGUGCACUUGUGACCCUUUUUUUUCUUUCAAAUUCAACUCGCGCGCUUCUAGCAACCUGGCGUACGCCGGGAAACCGCCACUAUACACCCAAACACAUAUUGUACAUGCCGAUACAUAUUUUUAUGACUUGAUUUGAGAAAAAAAUAAAUAAAAUAGCAUUUUCAACCAGGCACUUUCAAAGGAGCGCAUUUCAUGUGACAUUAAGACGAAAUAACGUCACCAGCUAUGAUUGCACAUUUCACUUUUAAAAAGGUCAAAUGAUCAACAAAUUGAGUCACAAAUUCAUUCAUUAUUUUCAUGUAGCUACAAGAUGCAUUUUUCAUCAGGCCCUUUUGCACAACUCCUCAGCCAUUCGUAUAGCUUGAAUAGAGUGACACAUGGGCCCCCCGAACAGCUUGUGUACCUCCAACAGAAGUCGGCGUUGUGUGCAUUCUGGCAUCCUUCUGCCACUGUUAGCUAUAUAAAUAGUCGUGGUAUUCCAUAAGCAGUCCAUUUGUUUUCUCGCUCUUUUAGAAAUGAAAGGUGGGUGAGGGUAAUCUUACGUACGUGGCAUCUUAUUCGGUAUGGUUGUUCAUUCUACUAGUAGCAGAUGCCCAGGAAUCGCAAUGAAUAGGGAAUCUGCCAUUGAACGGCAACCUGUUUCGGGUGGAGUUGUCCGACAAUAUCGGCCGAUAAAAGCAUUUAAAUCAUAUACUGUAGGAAAUGACCGGUAUUGGAUCUUACGCCAGUAUGUAUGCCGAGUUAGAAGUGAAUGUAAACAAGUGUAGCCCUUUGUCACAGUUUAGCACUACAGCUGUGCUCAGAGUGAUGUUUCCAAACUAAGAUGCUUGGGAUUUGUUAACUGAGGGAAAGACCCUAAUCGCUCAUGGCGCACAAAUAAAAUGACUCAUCAGGUAUAAUUACUGCGUCACCAGAAAGAAAUGGUCACCGAGAAACGUCAUAAAACAUGUCAUUACAGUUAAUCAUCUGUGCGAAAUGCAUCUUGGGAAUUGUCUUUGCAUUGGCAUGUACUAUGGUUAUAUGUCCGUAUUUGUCACGCUUUGGUCUUUAGAUGCUUUUUGCGCUAACUAGUGUAAAUGUGAUUUAUAUUCUUUUUUAUUUAAUGACGGACAUUUUGGCUCAUUUCAAUUUAUUUGAUUCGUAUGGGACAUUUUCUAUUACUUCAGUUGAACCGAGGGUUUAGCUAACCCUUUGGAAGACCUUGGAAGUUGUUCCAGCAUCCAACGGGCCAACACAAUACAAUGAGCCAAGAUGUGUCCGCGACCGCAUAUGCAGUAUUGCUAGCGAUUCGAUUUUGGUAUCGCCUCCGAGAUAAAAGGCAAAAAAAAUGUUUUCGCUCUGUGAAACAUUCCAAAAUAGACAUUGCUUCAUUCAAUGUUCCAGGAACGCCUCUUUUAAUCAAUUCAAAGUUCUAUUGUUAUUAUAUGAAAAUGGGAAAAUAAAGAAAAGAAAAAAAAACUUUUCCCCACCCCACUAAGUUGUCAGAAAUUAUAUUGGGGAACUAAACGCACCAACCGUUUUCUCAUGAGUUAUUUCCAAAGCUGCGAUUCAAAUGAAAUUUCUACCAGACAUUGAUAUUAAAUUAUCCACACAUGAAAAGAAAUUUGAGUCCAUAAAUAAUGAUUAAAUGCAAUGCAAAUACAUACAAUUUUGCUAGUCUCGAUCCUGCCUCCCAGCUACCUACGCUAAUCGAUGCGACCGCUCGGCAUAUUUCUUCUGUCAAUAUGGGUGUGUGUGCUAAAAGGAAAAAAAAAACACUUUUUAUUUCUUCUUUUUCCAAAUAUGUACAUAGCAGAUAUAGUGAGAUUUAUAAUUUAUAAUUUUAUUGUGUAUUUUCUAUGUCAAUGGGAUUUUUUUUUGUAUUAAAAAAAAAGAAAAUUGUC